GCCGCUGUCGCCCGGUCUCUUCGAGUCUCCGUGUCGCUUCAUUUUUUUUCUUCUCCUUCCUUGACUUUCUACCCCAACACACACUCUGCACUCGCAAUCGCAAUCAUCUCCGCUAUCAUCCCCCGACUCAUUCCAGCUCCAAGGACUCGCGAAACCAUCAACAUCGUUAUCAUCCAUCAUGUCUCGCGGUGGCACCACCCUCUACGUAACCGGUUUUGGCCACGGCACCCGCGCCCGCGACCUUGCAUACGAGUUCGAACGCUAUGGCCGCCUCGUUCGUUGCGAUAUUCCGGCUCCCCGUUCAGCCUCGAGUCGCCUAUUCGCAUUUGUUGAGUACGAGAGCCGUCGUGACGCAGAUGAUGCGUACCAUGAGAUGCACAACAUGCGUCUUGGUCGUGAUGACAUCUUGAAGAUCGAAUGGGCUCGUACACCUCCAUCUGCUUCUUGGCGCUUCGAUUCUGGACGCGAUCGUGACAGCGACCGUCGUGGCGGUGACCGUGGCUCUGAUCGAGGUGCACCACGGCGGGACCGCUCGCCCCGCCGCCGUAGCCGUUCUCCUGGCCCUCGUGGCAGCCGAGGCUAUUCACCUCGUGACAAGGACGACCGUCGUGACCGUGACCGUGACUACGACCGACGCGACCGCGACCGCUCCAGGACCCCGGACCGCGAACGUGAACGUGAACGUGAACGCGACCGCGACCGCGACCGCGACGCGAAGGAUGACCGCGACCGGGACGAAGAUCGCGAUGGCAAGGACGACCGUGAGCGUGACGAAGAGCGCAAGGAAUCGCCUCCACCUCCUGCACACGACGAUCUCGACACAGCGGAAUAGAUGACGGCUACAUGGGCAUGUACAAGGUGGUAAUAAUGCGGGGUCCAUAACGCCUCGUUGUGGAUCUCUGUGACUCCAUUUCCUUUCGCUUUCAAUUUACUUGCCUUGCUUUUUUAUUCCCUCAGAUUGUACUAGGAGUAGCUUCCGCUCGGUGCUUGGUUUAUAGGUUGUACGGAUUACAAAAAGAAUCGGCCGCAACAAUUGAUACAGCAGAUUAGCUCGAUGCGAACGGCAACGGUAAAAAACGAGCGGAUAGCUGUUGCUUUUCUCUUCGUCGACGACGUCGAACGGUUGCGACGGUGCGCGACGGUCACGGUAAAGCACAAUCGGUCGAUAGACGAUGCCGCGAUAUGCCUGUUAGCGAAGUCGAAUCGAAACUCAUCCAAUCCACCCGUUCGUGAAAGCACCCCUCCUCACAGUCUCCCGUCCUCACCCUCGUCCCUGCAACGUUGCACAGCGAACCUAACCUGUCAAUUGCACCAUGUUAUUCAACGACUGCUACCUCGACCGCUGCAUACGAUCGGCGACGCGAAACGUGAUCUUCGUUCCCUUUAAAUGCAUAUACCAUAUGCACCGGACUGACUCAUAACCCCCCUUUCUCAUCCGUUCUAGCACCUCAGGUAAGGUGAACGCGAGUUCCCGGCGCAAGGAUCCUAGCCUACGAGCGUCUGCAAAACCGGGCAUAAGCGUGUCUGCAAGAUACCCGAAAUGUCUGAUACAUUAAAAUCUAUGAGUUAAUGCACAUACAUUAGCGCACAUAUUUAUCAGAAAUAUAAUAUCGUAGCCCUACGUAAA